AUGACAACGGAAAAGGCACCACAGUAUUAUUCCUGUACAACACUGCUUAGUCGACCAUCUCAACAAAGACGGUUACAAAAUUCUACUGAAGCGGUGACUGAUAAUACUAGUGUUCUUAUAUCAGAGGACCCCGGUUUAUGGCCCAGAAGCAUUACCAACGACGAAGUCAGAAUAUUGGUUGAGCGUGUUCCUCCUUUGGUAGGAAAUAAUUAUCAAUUUCCAGCUAAUAAAGACAAAGACGAAAGAACAUUUUUAAGUAAAGAUGAUAAUGUUUUCGAGGAAAAACUUGCUCAAGCUGGAGAACUAGCAGCCGCUCUUGAGAUAAAGCAAGGGUUUUCUCCAUUAAAUACUGUUAGACGAAAGUAUAAACCAAAACUGUUCGAUUAUGAACAGAGAGAUGAGACACCUCAAGAUCCAAAAACAGCGUUUAAAAUAAAUUUCUUUUUAAAAAUAAUUGACCAAACACUAAGUUCUUUAAAUAGUAGAUUUGAAAUGAUAUCUGAUUACGACAACGUUUUUGGUUUAUUUAGUGAUAUUUUUAAAUUAAAUGACGAGGAUCUUUUAAAAUGCUGUCGUGCUCUAUAG